AUGAGUCAACAAACAACAGACUCACCAUUAUCUCCAAAUGAAUUAUCACAAUCUACCAAUAUUAAUAAAAGUAUAGAGCAAAACUCACCAAAUUAUAGACUUUUAUUCGAAUAUAAAAAACUUUCAGAUUUAAUGAUUAGAGGACUAUAUGUCAUACCCUCAUUCAAUUCAAUUCAUGAAUGGCAUUGUGUAUUAUUUAUUAGAAAUAGAAUAUAUAGAUCAGCAAUUAUUAGAUUUAAUGUAGUUAUACCUGACGAUUUUCCAGAAUCAUGCCCAUCUAUUAAAUUUUUAACACCAAUAUUUCAUCCAUUAAUUGGGCCAGAAGGAGAAAUUGAUUUAUCACAUCAAUUCCCUGACUGGUCAGCAGAAAAGUAUAUGAUUGCACAUGUGUUGUGUUAUAUUAAAAGUAUUUUCCAUAAUCCUGAUAAAUAUGAUUUCCCACCUCUAAAUACCGAUGCCCAUAAUUUAAUGAAAAAUAAUCCAGACUCAUUCCAAAAAAGAGUUUCUGAAUAUGUAGAAGAUUCUAUUAAAAAUGUUUAUGAUAAUCCCCAAGAUAAUGCAAUUUGUUUUUCAAAGGAAUGGAAAGAUAAAAAUCAAUUAGAAAAUGCAAAAAAACAAAUUUUCAAAAAAGAUGUUGGUUUAAUAGAUCAAUUGUCUGAACUGUAUUCAAAAUCAAAAUUAAAAGACUUAUUUAAAUAA